UCUGUGGUCGCCAUGCUGCCGUCACCGGUGCCACUCCAGCUGCCAGCAGCGAUGGCAGUGUCGCUGGCGUACCUCAGCGCCGGCAUGGUUAUCGGCUGGAGUUCGCCUAUGAUCCCGGAGCUGCGGAAGAACACGUCGCACAUCCCCGUCACGGCAGACCAGGGCUCGUGGCUGGCGUCCGUGGGUUUGCUCGCCUCGGUGCCGCCUUCUCUGCUGAACGGCGUGCUUGUGGAUGCUGUUGGCCGCCGAUGGAUGCUGCUGUUCGCUGCCGUACCCCUGCUGACCGUCUCUGUGUGGCAGCGGUUCGCCACCACCUUCUGGGAACUGCUCGCCUCCAUCGUGGUGGGCAGCGUCAGCGCGAGUAUAAUCCUACCUUUGGCUCCCGUUUACUUGGUUGAAAUAGCCGAGGACCGCAUCAGAGGGCUCUUGGUGUCACUGGGUACAUUGAUGCAGGGAGUGGGUUCCCUGCUGAUCACCGUUAUUGGGCCAAAAGUGUCUUUCUUCACGGUGACGGAAAUCAUGAUGGUCUGGCCGGUCUUGUUUGUGGCGAUCUUCUGGUGGAUGCCGGAGAGUCCGUACUUCUUGUUGGCGAAGCAUCGCAAGGACGAAGCGACCAAGGCGCUGAUGAGGCUGCGCGGGAGGAGUUCGGAGAAGGAGGUGCAGGGCGAGCUGGAGGUCAUCCAGAGGGGACUGGAGGAGCGCUCGCAAAACGAGAUCAGCGCCGCAGACGCCUUCCGGGAGCUGCGGAGGAACGCCCGGUCGCGGAGGCUCUUCAUGGUAUCAAUGGCCUUCGCGACGUUCUUGGUGCUGGGCGGCGUCGACGCCAUCACUGCCAACACGAUGCAGAUCCUGGUGGAGAGCGACAGCUCGCUGGACCCGCAGCUUUCGGCCAUCGGCGUUUCGGCCUGCGCGGUGGUGUCCGUUGCGGUCUUCUCCCUCGUGGUGGAUCGACUGGGCCGGAGGCCGCUGCUGCUCUUCUCCUUAGGCGGUUGCUGCGUGGCCACUGCAUCCCUCGGCGUCUACUUCUUCCUCAUUGUCUACGCCAGCGAGGGCGCCACAGACGAUAUCUUCUGGCUGCCUCUUGCCAGUCUCAUUGUCUUUUUUGUGUCCUUCGGCAUGGGCUCGAGCUCUCUGCUGUGGGUGCUGCCCAACGAGCUGGCGCCGCCUUCGCUUCGAGUGCUGACCACAACCUCCGUCUUCGUCUUGGCGUCGUUGUUGGGCUUCAGCGACACCAAGCUGUUCCAAGUGGUCGCCGACACCUACGGCGCAUUUAUACCUUUCUGGUUUUUCACGAUUGUUUCUUUCCUAGGGUUUUUCUUCGUGUGGUUUUUCAUUCCUGAAACCAGAGGUCGCUCGUUGGCCGACAUCGCAUCAGAGAUGAGCGUUGAACCUUCUCCACACCGUCGCAAGUCCAGCCAACCUAUUUGAUCACUGAGGCAGAUAUAGACGAUAUUUCAGCACCCUGAAAGAUACAGCUAGCUGUAUCAUUCCGACAGGGGCGAUACCGUUCCAUCUGCAUUGUUAAAUGAGGACCUCCAUCUCUUUGCAUUUUGAGAACGCGAUCUGUCUCUUUACACAACAGUUCUGCGUUACUCAGUUUUGCAUAAUACCGCUUCGGUUCAUCAAAUAACAAAUAAUCUUUUUCUGACUGUAUGUAGAUAAAUAAACUUUGACCCCCAUCAACUUCAUAAGGCAGAGGUAAUACUUUGUACGGAUUAAAUAGUUAGUUCUCUACUAAUGGCACAUUCGGUACAUAACUAUGGGUAUGGCCGGACAUAAACGCUUCAACAUCAGUUAUGCAUAAUAACUGGUAUCCGCUCUGUUCUAUGAGAGCAAUCUUGAAACUGUCCAAGUGAGUUCACUACGGCAAUACAGUUAACCACGUGCAACAUUCCUGUCAGUUUCCUCAUCCUUAAGUCAAUAAAAUAAUUCUCUUUCAAUAGAACUUCUUUAACCUUUUUGCAUGUACUAUUACAAAUUUGUUUCUCUUUAAACGAAUGACCACAUUUUGGCCCUUUGUCCUUACUACAGUGUAUGGGCCACGCUACUACAUGUCGAGCUUAAUGCUUCUGCCCCUUUUAACGUACAAAAAGACUUGAUCACCUGUUUUAAAAUCUUUCGAAUUCUGGUUUCAAAAAUAGUUACCUCUGUUUUUCUCCUUAAAUUGUUUACUAUAAUAACUGAUACAUUGGCGUAUCUGUCUCAUUUUCUCUUUUAAUUCCAGUAUAUAAUCAUCGUAAUUAUAAGUAACAACUGCUGGAUCUCUCUGCAAUAUAUCCGGUGUGUUACGUACAUGCUCUAUCGAAUGGUAUCUCCUGUAGGGUUUAAUUCGUUCAUCAGUUGAGAGUGGUGUUGUACAUGAAUACUGCGAAUGGAAGCCAUUCGUCCCAAUUUGAUUGAGCCCUAUUGAUGAAGUAUCUGAAAAGUUUCGUUGUAAUUCUGUGUGAUCUUUCCACUGGUCCAUUCGAUUGGGGUACAGGACUGUAACCUACAAGUCCUUAACAAUCUGCACACUCUCUGUAGCGUGUCACUCUGAAAACUGCUGCCAUUGUCACUGAGCAUUAACGAGGGUGUCCCAAAUCUCACAAUUAUUCUUUCCACCAGGACAGAAGCUAUUAUACCUGCUUUCCGCUUUUUUAUCGAUUUUACUACAAUGAACUUUGUUAGAGCAUCUUGGAAAUUAAGUACAUAUCUAUUAUUUGUGACUGUUGCAGUCAGUGUACCGACGAUAUCAAUAUCACACCUAUCAAACAC